AACAAUUUUUGCGUUUAUAAACACAACAAAACUAAUAAGUUGCAAUAUACACUUCCUAGAAUCCAAGCCAUCAGCUGUGCUCGCCCCCAUUGUCGACAUCAGAGACCCCAGUAUCCGAACAGAAACAUAUUUUCCAUCGCCUGCCCACAAAACCUGCCACAAUUGCCAGCAAUUUCUGUAGAUUAUUAUUUCGAAUCAAUUGUGUGAAUAUUCAAAAGAAAAGUUACUGACACGUCACAGAAAUUCCUUGAGAACGGUGCGGCCUUUGCCGGAACAGGCUUCGCAGCAGAAGAAUUUGGUGGGCUCGAGUGAAAGUCGAAACAGACCCCAGAGGUUACAGAAACUGCAUGGCAAUGGACUUUUUGUUCGGUUCGCGUUCGAGCAAAACCUUCAAGCCAAAGAAGAACAUACCGGAAGGCACGCAUCAAUAUGAUCUUAUGAAGCAUGCCGCCGCCACUCUGGGAUCUGGAAAUCUACGCAAUGCAGUGGCUCUGCCCGACGGCGAGGAUCUCAACGAAUGGGUGGCCGUUAACACUGUGGACUUCUUCAAUCAGAUAAACAUGCUGUACGGCACGAUCACAGAGUUCUGUACGGAGGAGAGCUGUGGCAUUAUGUCGGCUGGUCCGAAAUAUGAAUACCACUGGGCUGACGGUUUGACCGUGAAGAAGCCCAUCAAGUGCAGCGCCCCCAAGUACAUUGAUUAUUUGAUGACUUGGGUGCAGGAUCAGCUGGACGAUGAGACGCUGUUUCCAUCAAAAAUUGGUGUGCCGUUUCCAAAGAACUUUCUCACCUCCGCCAAGACCAUACUGAAGCGUUUGUUCAGGGUCUAUGCCCACAUUUACCAUCAACACUUCUCGGAGGUGGUGACGCUGGGCGAGGAGGCCCAUCUGAAUACGUCCUUCAAGCAUUUCAUAUUCUUUGUGCAAGAGUUCAAUCUGAUCGAGCGGCGCGAGCUGGCCCCGCUGCAGGAGCUCAUCGACAAGCUGACGGCAAAGGACGAGCGGCAGAUAUAGGAAUCACUGCAAGUGGCGGACACUGGUGGCGGCAGUGUCGGCAUUGGCAUCAGCAACGGCAUGCAAUUGGACUUGUGAUGGGAGCGCUCUGGUAGACUUGUGUAUUACGCUUUAGUUAGUUACCGCCCUUCCUUUCCUUUCCUCGUUUAUACAUAGCUCUUAAGUUUCGUUCAGUGCUUCGUGUGGUCCCACUAAAAACAAAACAUACAACACACUAACUAUAGCGGGCUAAUAAUGCUGAUGAUGAUCAUGAUGAGCAACUACUAUAUUUUUAUAUGUGACUCGUAACUUUAAGAGAUAUAUAGCAUAUUUAUAUAUAUGUGUAUGUAAAAGAGAAACCCAGAAAACAGCAGCACGCCUUCUAUAACCCGCGCACACACACACACACACCCCCGCUUAUGGAAAACAAACAAUAUUAUGUUCACAAAACAAUGCGUUUAUCGUUUUUCCCCCAAAUGUAUGUAUGUAUUUAUUACUAUUAAACUAUCGCAUAUGUAUAGCUCGGCGUCGUGCAACUGAUGGAACGACUGUUUGUAAGGCAAAACCCCAGCAAUGUGAGGCGACGCUCGACAGCACCCAAUAAAUGAUAAUAAUUGUAGACUUGAUAAACAUUUUUGAUACGUUUUAUACUAAUAAAGAGAAUAUUAUGAAUACA